CAGGGUGCGUUGCUCCCUCGAGCUCUCUUUCACUUUGCGUCGUUACGCUUUUCUGCUUUCUUCUCCGAGAAGAGGCUGCUCUUUCUCUCGAGAGAGACGCGCGAAAGACUGACUGACAGACCGACCGUGUUCGUUCUUUUCGCGAACGCACGUCCACCGAAACUCCGUCACGAUGAGCACCAACAUCCUCGUCAGGAUCUGCGGACCCAGGGUCCUGCGCGCCGCCUUCGCCGAGCAGAAUUCAUGGAUCACCGUUGGCAGGUGUCUAAGCACCACAAUGUCGCGCACCAUGCUGAAGGACUCGCCGAAUGCAGCGUUAGACAAAACCCUGCUGAAAAAGUACCUUGACCUUCCUCAGCCGGACAAUGCGAUACAAGCGAAGUACAUCUGGAUCGACGGUACCGGCGAAGGAUUACGUUGCAAGACCAGGACCUUGGACUUCGUACCGAAACAUCCUUCCGACCUGCCGACAUGGACGUACGACGGUAGCUCGACGUACCAGGCUGAUGGCGCCAACAGCGAUAUAUUCCUCUAUCCGGUGGCGAUCUACAACGACCCAUUCCGUUGCGGUAACAACAAGCUCGUGCUCUGCGAUACCUACAAUAGCGAUAAGACCCCAACGAAAUCGAACAAACGUAAUCGAGCGAAUCAAGCGAUGGAGGCUAUCAAAGAUCAGGAUCCUUGGUUCGGCAUUGAGCAGGAGUACACUUUGCUCGACUUCGACGGCAGGCCGCUGGGCUGGCCGAAGAACGGCUUCCCGGGACCUCAGGGUCCUUACUAUUGCGGUGUCGGCGCCGACAAGGUGAUCGGACGCGAGAUUGUCGAGGCCCACUACAGAGCGUGCCUCUACGCCGGCGUGAAGAUCUCCGGGACCAAUGCUGAGGUGAUGCCGUCGCAGUGGGAGUUCCAGGUGGGACCAUGCACGGGCAUCGACGCCGGCGACGACCUGUGGGUCGCCCGAUUCAUCCUACACCGCAUUGCCGAGGAAUACGGCGUGAUCGUCACGUUGGACCCGAAACCGGUGGACGGCUCAUGGAACGGCGCCGGUGCUCACACUAACUUCUCAACAAAGGCGAUGCGCUCCGAUAACGGCAUCGCCGAGAUCGAGAAGGCGAUCGACAAGCUCAGCAAGCAGCACCUCAGGCACAUCCAGGCGUACGACCCGCGCGGAGGGAAGGACAACGAGCGCAGGCUGACCGGCAAGUGCGAGACCAGCAACAUCCACGAUUUCAGCGCCGGCGUGGCCAACCGCAACGUCAGCAUCCGCAUACCGCGCGGCGUCGCCGAGGACAAGAAGGGCUACCUGGAGGACAGAAGGCCCAGCAGCAACUGCGACCCUUACUCUGUCUGCGAUGCCUUGGUUCGCACCUGCGUGCUCAACGAAUAAUAAAGCCGUAGUCGAUAGCGGACGUCGUGAGGGACACAUACACACAAAACACAAAACACAUACACAGACGCAUACAAGCAGACAUACAUGUCAUACGGAUCGACACGCACACCCGCACACACCUGGAGAGCGUACAAUUAACUAUAAAACUGUAGAACUAACUUGUCGAUAUAUUCAGAAUAAUGAUGUUAAUGACAAGCAGCGGUGGAUCUGCUUGAGGACGCUAGUGAGGUUUCGAAUACGGAGUUUAACAGCUCCCUGGAUGAGACACGUGGCUUGAGUAUACGAAAACGGGAGGUCCGCCGAGGCAAAAUCGUGUUCGAUCAACGUCAAACCUGCUGCCGAAUUACAUUGAGAAAGAAGAGCGGUCGGAUUGGCAAAAUUUUAUGGCCGUUAGACAGAUGAACGAUACAGUUGCGUUAACGUAGUUACUAAAAUUCCGAAGUAGUGAAUCAAUCGGUAGCUCAUCACAGCAAUCGUAUCUAUGUUCGUCUAAUGAAGCUGAACGUUUCCUCGAAUACUUUAGCAAAGUCUCGCUGAUUCCGCUACUUUUUCUCUCAAUGUACAUGUACAUAGCCAAGCUCGCAUCUCGGGUAUAAAUGCGAGCCUGGAGCGCUACCGUUUGAUACUACAUCGAACUUCUCACAGCUCUCUUGCCACGUGAAAAUCACGAGUCCGCAAGCAGAUCUACCUGAUGGCGCGCUUUAACGCUAAGUAUGAACUUUAAACUUCAUAUCGUUUGAUGCGAAGAUCGCAGGGAUCUUCGUCGGUCGAACAGCAAGGCCCCUCUUAGUGUCGCGUUUAAUUGUUCCAAGCGAGAUAAUACCUGAUUCCGAGUUUAACGUCGAAUAUCGCGUUUGAUAUAAAUAUCUAAAGGUGAAACAUUUGGCGUCCGAUCUUGUAUGCAACCGGUAAGUAUAAAUGCGAAGGAUGACUUGAGAAUAAAAUUGGAAUCAGGAAGGGAAACAAUAAGAUUUUUUAAUUUUAUUGCUCGAUCGAAAAAUACGGUGUAAAUGAAAGGAAAUGUAAUUAUAAUUGUAAUUAUUAACAUUAUACAUUGAUUUAAAUUAUUAUAUAUAAUUGAAAAGAUUUGGUCACGAAGUGCCCAUUUAAUCAAUAAACGCGCACGCUUUUAUCAGGAGGGUGGCGAGUAUGAUAGUGAUAUUACAAUGAUAGGGUGUAUGAGAGGGUUCGAUGAGAACGUCGACACUUUUAUUCGCACAAACGAAGAACGACGCCUUGUCAGUAUCAGUCAACGCUCGCUCUUCGUUUAAAUUCGCUGAGCGUCGAUCAUCGAUGCCAUCGGGCGCUUGAGACGCUCGGAUGGACCGCGUGGGAGCGACGAGCCUCGAUUGCGGUCGCGGAUAUAGCGAAAUUGCAGGUCAUUAUUGAUAAUAUAGUACAAUGCGAAAAUGUAAUUAUCUAACCUUAGUAAUGCGCACGUGGGAUCAAUAAAAGCGAGUGAAAAAGAGGGAAGAAGAGGGGGAGAGGGAGAGAGAAAGAGGAAGAAAUCAGUUUGGAGCGCGAGAGACGAUCGAUUCGCAACUUGCCUUCGACUUGUCUCCGCGCACGCGACGCGACGUCGCAUGAAGCAGUAUACUUAGCAAA